AUGUCAACACCUCCAACUUCCUUUCCUAAGAUGGACAAUGCUUACUGGCUUGAACGUUUCCGUCCUCUUAGGGACUGCAAUCCAAGGGAGAAUGGGGAGCAAGACGCUCUCCCGUACGGGAAUGAGGAGCAAGGCGCUCUCCUCUACGAAAAUGGGGAGCAAGACACUCUCCUGUGGGAGAAGAUGCAGACAGAGCAAAGGGAACAAAAUCCUGGCUCGUCGGAUGAGAGUCCCGAGGAUGAAACCCUCUGGGGACCCCGAAUCCCUCUACCCUCCUCUCUACCCUCCUCUCUACCCUCCUCUCUACCCUCCUCUCUACCCUCCUCUCUACCCUCCCUCUACCCUCCUCUCUACCCUCCUCUCAACCCUCCCCUCCCUCCGCCCAACCCGCCCUUCUUUUGCCGGGCCAUGGCUCCUUCAUCCGCUUUGGCCGCGAAUGAUGCCCCCGAGAGCGUCAUUCCUGGGCCCGUCAAGGCAUCCCGGCCCAAGCAGUCCCGGACUUCCCCCGGGCGUGUCACCAAGCGUGCCGCCAAACCGCCAAAGCCUCUUUCUGCAAACAAGUUGCAGAAGCAAAUGGAUAAAGAGGGGAUGGCGCAUUUGGCUUGGAGGAAGCAGCGAAUCUACGCUGAGAUGGCCGCUGCCCAGCCUGUUUAUGAACCUCCUGGUCAACUUUAUGGCCAGAAUCAAUUUGGUCAAAUUCACGACCAAAAAGUGUUCCAGGUAACCCCGGGGUUUUCCCCUCCAGCCCCGGGUCCCUAUCCUCAACCCCCGGGCUUCAAUCCUCCAGCCCAGGGUUCUUACUAUCAGGCUGCUGGUCCCUUUCCCCAGCAACCUCCUUCUCACCCCCAUCUGGCUCCCCAUCUUGCUCCGGCUCCGGCUGUCCCUCCGACUCUUUAUAUUGAUCCGGCUCUGGCUUACAGUCACGGGUACGGUUACGGUCACCCUCCCCCUCCCCCUCCCCCUCGUCCAAAUAUGGACAUGCGGCCUGCGAAUCCGCCGCAACCUUUUGUGAUGCCGCAGCCGCAGAACAUGUACCAACAUUACAUGUAG